AUGAAGAAAGAUUUAAGUAAAAGACCAGUCAGAGCGAGAAGGAAGAAAACUAUGAACUCGUUUUAUUAUAACAGCGAUUACAGUAAUGACUUAAACAGCGAAGAGUCCAAAGGUCGAAUGAGCUUUCUAAAAAGAGGUGAAACAUCAGACGGAUUUGAAACGUCAGGGACGAAUAAAACAAAGGAGCAGAGAAAAUAUCAUGACAUGUAUAACCACAACCAAAGGGUAGGAAACAAUCCAAUGAUGAAUGACCUCCAUGUCAAUUCGGUCAUAUCGCAUGAGAAUAAAAAAAACGACUUCUUUGACGAUAGUAACAACUUAAAAGAUUCAAGUGACAAUGAAAAAAGAAUCAGAAUAAAAAACAAUCGGGCGCAAAACGAAGAUAUUUUAAACAUAAAAAAUGAAGUAAAAAUGGAGCAUAAUGGAAGUAACAACUCACUUAGGGCAGAUAAAGGGAAGAGCUAUAACCCCGGUGCAAAUGCUUCGAGCAAAACAAAUUAUAAUCGGACCAAGCAUUUAUCCAAUAGUAGUGAGAAUAAUUAUGCCAAAAUGGCAGAAAAGCUACCUCACGUAGUUGGUGUUCGAUUUGACAAGUCACAGAACAGAUGGCUCUCCGGCAUUUGUAUUAAUGGAAGGUGCAUCAAUAGAUACUUUCCUGUUUAUAAGUAUGGGUUCGAGGAGGCCAGGAGGCUAGCCAUACAACACAGAAAAAAUUUCGAAACGGCCAAUUUGGGUCACUUGAAGAAGCAGCAGGGCGAAUCCAAAACGUCCCACUUGAAUCUUUUGAACAUCAAUUCGCAAAUACCAAAUGGAUUUAAAGACAUCCAAGGGAAAAACAAACUGAUAUUCAAAUAUCUGUCAUACGACUCCAUCCAAAAGGAGUGGGUAGUCACGUACGACUACGACAAUAAAGUCCUGGUCAAUAAAUUCCCAGUGGACAUUUAUGGAUACAAUAACGCGUACGAAAUGGCCGUUCAGUGCAUCAACAAAUUGACAGUUUGCAAUCAGGACAAAAUGAGCAAAAAUGUCAACCAAGAUGCCAGCCAAAGUGCCAGCCAGAGUGCUAGCCAGAGUGCUAGCCAAAGUGCCAAUCAAAGUGUCAGUCAAGAUGCCGGUUCCAGCGCCGGUCAAAUUGGAAAAAUGUUCAAGGGCGAAAGUUUGAAAGGAUUAAUUGUGUCAGAAAAUGAGCUUAGCGAACAAGGAGGCGUUGUUUCUCCGUCCGUCGCACAACGUAAAGAAAAAACAAAUAAACUGUUUAAACUAGCGAACAAGCUAUUAACAACCCCCAUUGACAGUGAAGAAAUGAAUGGGCUAAUUUCCCAUCAUGAAAAUAAUAUAUACAACGGGGGUAGUAAACAUUUCGUUGGAGGAGAGUACAAUAAUAACACGUACAGUGAAUACCUUUCUGACAAGAAGCAGAAAGUGGGACAAUCAGAUUCGGAUGUAGGGAAUCCUCGUUCGGAUAAAAACACCCACUCAAAUGAAUAUAACAAUUUUUACAAAAAUGAAACGUCAUUUUUGAGUAGCGAUUUUCAUUACUUUAACAGUUCCGUAAAGCAGAUAAACUCAACGAACAGCGCGAAUGAAAAUGAUGAGGAUAAUGAUAUAUUGGCGAGUCUCAAAGGCUUAUCCCCCCGCGCAUACGGAGGAAGUAACAACAACAGCGCGAAUGAUAGUAGCAGUACUCAUCUCAAGCCCGACAUGUACAACGAAUCAAGUUACGCAGCAGUGAACGCUUCCAGUUAUCCCCUCCUAGAGGACGAUGGAAUUAUUGGAAACGUUUUUGACAGUCAUAAAAAUAUUCUCACAAAUAGUAGUAGUAGUAGUCAUAUGCCAGGCCAAAACAGCAGCGCACAAUCAAGUUUGCCCUACUUGAGUAGUAUGAAAAAGCACAAUGAUGACAACAAUGCCAAGCUAUUGCACCUUUUGAACACCAGCCUUAUAAACGAGGAAGACCAAAAUGCUUACCACCUUUUGAACAACGUACUUAAACAUGGAAACAUGAAUAAUAAAUCCAUCGACAGUGGUAGCACCACGAUAAAUCAUACCUUGGAUGAGGAGGAAAAUGAAAAAAGGGCAGUAGUAGUCAAAUGGAAUCAUCUCAUAAAGAACCAGGAGCUUGAAGCGAUAAACAAUAAUGGAGAGUAUAGCAGUAAUAGCCACAACAACAUGAACAACGCGUGUAGCAGUAGUAGUUGUAGUAGUAGGAAGAAGAAGAAUCCCUUUCAAGGGAGUACCAGUGAAGGUAUAACGAAUCCACAAAUUCUUGAGGCAUUUUUAAAAUUGAGCAGCGGAAAAGAUGGGGGAUUAGACUCAUCCAUAAAUAUGGACGAAAGUGACCAACCGAGGGAAGACAAACAUGUGAGAAGUGGAUUACGACACUAUGAGACAAAGAAACAGAAGGACGACAAGGACGUACCAACGAUGAUGAGGAGCAUUUCCAAAAUGAAGUAGAUGAUAAGAAACAUAAUGAAGAAAAAUAAUAAUGCGGAUAAUCAUAAUCAUGAGAAAAUUAUUAAAGGAAUUAACACUUUUAUGAAUAUGAAUUCUGCCUCUGUGGGGGAUAAAAUGGCUGAAAAUGUAACGAAUGAAAACAGGGAAAAUGAACACAGCAAUUAUGGUACUUCCAUCAUGAACGAACUGCAAAGUGUAAUCAAAAGGAACUUGGAAGCGUCUAUCAAUUAUGACGAUUACAUCACAGUGAAGGACGAACAGGAUGAUGAUGACACGAAUGUGGACGAGGAACGAGAGGAGGAUGCCACUCCGUUAAAGGAUAUAGAAAGUGAAAACCACGUGCAUGUUCCUCAGAAUGAUUUACCUGAUUAUCAUACUAGCAGUAAUGAUGACGUAGGAACGAACAAGCCAAGCAAUGAAGAAGAGGCAAACGUAGUUACCCAGGAGGAGGAAAAAUCGAAUGAGGAAGACACCCCUGAUCUGGAUACGCAAGAAAGGGAUGGGAAAUGCCCAGAGGAAAAUGUGGAAAAUAUAACCGACCAAAAUGCAGAGAAGGAUAGUGUACCAAACGAUAGCAUGACAACAACACAGAAGGAGGAUAACCCAACGGAAACAAAUCAAGAGGAGGAAAAAAAAACAAAGGAAAACAUCGAAUGUAACGAAAUUGCUAUGAUGUUAUACCCAUGGAAAAAAGGGAUACAGUGGAAGGAGCAAAGAAAUAUGUGGAUAUGCAAAUUAUGGGACGAGAGCGGAAAUGAAAUUACAAAACAUGUCUACGUAAAGAACAAAGAGGGAGUAGAAAUUGGUUAUAACUACUGCUCAAAGAUGAGAAUUGAUUCGUUUGCUUUUUACUUAAGCACUGAAUUGAAGAAGUUUCCCCCAAUUGAAGAAAUUUCGUAUGACUUGCAAAACCUGUGCUUUGUGGUGGAUUACAAGGAUGAGGAAAUGAAGAGGUACUCAUUCGAAGGGGGAAUUUGUAGGGCGUUCGAGGAUGCCGUGGAGUAUUUGAAUAAACGAAAGGGGGAGGAAAAGGACGCAGCAGAACAGGCAGAAAAGGGUGGCGAACAGCUUGAUGAUGGUGCUGAUCAUCGCGGUGAUGGUGAGAGCCAAACUGGAGCGGACGACCAGGCGGAGGCGAAUAGCCAGGUGGACGUCAACCAGGAGACAGAUGAAAAUAGCCAAACGGAUGGCAACAAGCAGGCAGGUGAAAAUAGUCAGGUGGACGUCAACCAAGAGACAGGUGAAAAUAGUCAGGUGGACGUCAACCAGGAGACAGGUGAAAAUAGUCAGGUGGACGUCAACCUGCAAGCAGGUGAAAACAGCCAAACUGAUGGCACCACCAAAGCGGACGCCAACCACGGCCCGUACAACAUUGCCGACUUUGUCCAGGACGAAAGGAACCACGCCCAGUUAGACGACACAUUCAAAGAAUUGAACUACUUCGAGUGCAAGCAAAAACUACCAAGCAGUAACACGUGCGAGCAAACCAAGUUAGCCUACAGCUUGAAACCCUGGGUAAAAGGAAUAAUUUGGGAAGAGAAAAUGAAAAAGUGGGUUGUGUUCUUUAAAGACAUAAAUAAAAACCUACGAAUCAGCUUUUUCAAUCCAUGUGACUAUAAUAACGAUGUUAUACUGUCCUAUAAAAAAUGCUGUGAGUAUUUUCUUCAAAUUAAAAAAUCCAACAACUUUGAUGAAAAUAAGGAGGAUUUUUCUGAGUCCAUUCGAGACUUCAUUAACAAUUUUGAGUUUGACAAUACCACCAGUGAGCAUCACCUCAAUGAAGAUAACAAUGAGGAGGAUGAAGAUGACGAUGAAGGUGGUGCCGGGGCAGAUCUGAUUCAAGCCAACCAAAGGAAAAGCGUAGAUUAUUAUGGUAAAGAUAAGGAUCACGUUAAUUUUGGUGACUAUAGUCCGGUGAAUAGUAACUACCUCAGUAAGAUAAGUGACAUGCUGGUUUCCAUGAGAAGGGAAAACAACAACAAUGGUAGUGGCAAUACGGGAAAUGACCAUUAUGACGAUGAUGAGGAGGAUGCAGUUUAUAGGCAGCACUUUCUAAAUGGUGGAAAAACAGCUGAGAAAAGAAAAUUCAUCAUGAUGAGUAGCGGAAAUGACAGUAACAAUUUGAGCUAUGCAGAUCAAAGGAAGUUAAUAAAGCUGGAGUUACCCAACGAUGAGGUUCUUCACUCCUCUCAGAAUGGGAACGACAUAAAGGGGAACAACGAUGCGGCAUUGCUUCAUGCGUAUAAGUACUCAUCAGAUCUAACCGAUCGAAAAGGCAAUGGGAAAGGUGACUUACUGCUUAUGCACAAUAGCGAAUUUUUUAACCACAUGAGUCAUGCCAAUUUUGUUGAUAAUGAAAAUGAAAAGACGAGGAAGAGGAAAAAGGCUAACAAGCGAACCAUUGGAAAGGGCAAACAUGGCAUUGGAGACAACGGACACAAUGCUGCUGCAGGUAGCGAUAACACAGAAAGUGACGAUGACAACGAAAGUAACAUCAACAGUGGAAAUGGCAGAAACGACCACGAACGGAAUGAUGCAAAUCGAAAUAGCAACAGUAGUGGUACUGUGCGAAAAGGACUAGUGGAGAGCAAAAAAUAUUUUGACCUCCAUGAAAAUAGCCACCUACUUAAUGGAAGUAAUGACUACCUGUUGAAUGACGAAGAUGGAAGUUACAAAAUGGACUACUCCGGAUCGGAGAGGCAGAAGAAGGGAAGUCUAACGAAUGAAUAUGGCUAUAACACCACCUCCGCCUCCCACAACAACAGCAAUGCUUAUCAGGAGGACGGCACGGGGACUGCGAUUGGGACUGCGAUUGGGACUGCGAUUGGGACCGCGAACAGCACCAUUGGGGGAAGGGGCAUAAAAAAUGAAGCGAAUUAUGACUCGAAUUUUCUAGGAGGGAAUAGCAUCGACUCCAAUAGUGACAUAAUGAUGAAUGGCAACAACGCGAAUAGUAAUCACUUAAAUUUGUUGAAGCAACAGCAGGGUGUUGUAGCAGGAGCUGACAUUGCCGCUAUGCUAGACUAUGUUAGAAAUAAUGCCGAUAACGCUACUGCAGCUAGUAAUACUACUACGACUACUACUACCCUGAACACAGACUUGACGCAUAAUAAUAUUAAUAACGGCAGAGGGGGAGGCCUGCGCAAUUAUGAAAAGUACACGUCCAAUAUGGAGAGUAGAUCCAUUAACAAAAGCAAUGAGAAGGUAGAUGGUCUUAUUGACAACAACAUAAAUGUGAGAUUGCCCAAAAGUGAAAUACUAAACCAAGCCGCGAGCUUGCCAAAGUUACAAGGAAUGUUUUUUGAUAAGAGAAGAAACUACUGGACCGUCAGUGUAUGCGGAUUUAGGAAAUCUUUUGGAGUUCGAACGAGAGGGGUAUACCAAGCAUACAAAUUAGCUGCCGAGUUUCGUAACCGCAUCUUAGAAACGAACAAAGGGAAAUGCUAUCCUCAGAAAAGCUCAAGUAUGUCUAGCAACUACAAAUAUAAUAUAAAAAAUAUCAACAGUAAUGGACUGCUUAAAGACGAAAAAGGAAGUUUUGCACAUGACUCUGCUGUUCCCAAUUUGGAGGAAGAAAAUUUAAAAAAAAAAACCAUGUCCUUGUGUAACUUGGGCAAUGGUAAUAACGAUAAGGAUCUCCUUUCCGGUGGAGAAUCUCGAGGUGUAACAGGCAUGGUAGGUGGUGCCUUUGGCGGAAAGGGAAACAACAACCAUGGAUUCGUUACCUCCAACAUUUAUGACUAUCUUUGGGAUAAGAAGUCGAACGGAAUUGGAGCCGUAGCCGCAAGUGGUGGAGCGUGCACAGCCACAAAUAGUUGCAGUGCAGUUUGUGGUGCAGUUUGCACAGGAAUGUGCUCCGCAAUUGGGGGAAGCACAAUUUGCGGCGAAGCCUGCGGUGGAAUCUGCUCAGGCAACUGCAGUGGAGGUAAGAAGGACUUAACGAACAACAGCAGUACGAACAGCGUAACCUACGACGAAAGCUUUUCCAAUUUGGAGGAGGAUAAAAUAAACCUGAAUGGAAAGACUACUAAGUGCAAUGGUGAAAAGAGGCUGCGAGGAAAUUACUGCCUAUCCAAGAAUGAAAGUGGAAUAAUGUCGAUGAUGACGGAUUCGAAUUUAAUGCACCUGUUAAAUGAAGGCACAGGAACUGCGGCGACCUUAGCAGGAGGAGAGGCAUUGCUCAAAGAAAACAAAACUAGCCAAUUAAAGAAAGCAAACGGACACAAUGUGUCAUCUAGCAAUAGCGCCAUAAGCAACAACGGUGGAAACCCAACUAAUUAUUCCCCAACACAUAUAUACGAAGUUGAAAAUAUUAACAGUAGUCAGGAUUAUUACGUGAAGGGGGAGGAGGGAAAAACUGAUUUGAACAAAUCAGAGGAUUAUAAAAAUGGAAAGAGCAACAGUAGUAGCAACCAUGUGAGUCCAAGCAUAAAUUUGCUAAAAACUGGCAUGAACAGCGAUGAUGGAAGCAAGACGGGCAAUGUGAGCUUUGCUGGGCUGGACAGCGACGAUGGCCCAAACGGUCCAAACAACAACAGCGGUAUUGGAAGCGGUAUUGGAAGCGGUAUUGGAAGCGGCGCUGGCGAGGGAAAGAACAACCUGCACAAAAAAUUAUCAACAACGUUUGGCGAACAGUUCACACAUGAGGAGCCCUACGGAAAAAACGUCACCCAUAAUGACUACGACACGCACACACAGAACAGUAAAGCGAUGACGGAAGUAGACCUACUAAAUAAAUUGAUAUCUCACAACAUUGACGAAAACUUGUGCUUUUCUUAUUCAAAUAAUAUGCCUUACCCAGGAGACGAGAAUUAUGAACAUGGAAAAGAAGACCUAUACAAAACGUACAACUUCGAUGGGGAAACAAAGUCGUCCUUCAAUUUUAGUGGACUCAUGGACGAAACUGUUGAGGAAAGAGACAUACGAAUAAACAAAGAGGUCCACAAAUGCAAAUUUGUCGAAGGACUCAUAUAUGACGAAGCGAACAAGUGCUUUCGAAUUAAAAUUAAUGGGUAUAGGAAGGCCUACUCAGUUAUAAGGCGUGGUGUUAAAGAGGCCUACAAGUUAAGCAUCGAGGCUAUUCACCAGAUUCGUAGGCAGGCACAGCUGGGAGGACUAGGAGGUCUGGGUAUCGGUCUGAACGGCAGCAACUCAAGUAGUGGAAACCUCAUUGGUGGAAACCUGAACAACACGUCCGAGCAGGGACAAAUAAACUCCAACAACUUAACUCACUUUUAUAACUCCAGCCCCGAAAACUCCGGACACGGUUCGGUGUACAACUAUCAGCACAAGAACAAGCAAGAAACGCAAAAUGAUUUCGCAGAUGGCAUGUUUGAAAACGCCCCCGAUGUAAACAAUAAUGGCCUCACUCAAGUGGACCCGAACAGAGAUGAUUGCCUGGGAGAAACGAAAAAGAUCGCAAGAGAAAAUAACAACACUUUCCCAACACUCAACAUUGACGACAAGUAUUAUGAGUUGUUGAAAACGGCUAUCAUCAUUUGCCUGAAUGACAUUUUAAUGAAUUCCAUCCCCAAGUUGUUUCAUAUAUACAGAAACAUCAGCUCCUCCACGACGAACGUAAAAAUUGAAGACGUGUUAAAUAAUGAAAAGAAGAGAAAGGAACAGUCCAUCAAGUACCACAUAGAAUACACCCAGAAUUCUAUUGGAGUGUCAUCUCUUAUUCCUUACCUUCGAUUGUUCAGCAUGGAGAUUUUAAACAACGUUCUGCCGUCAACCCAGUCCCUCGAAAUUCAGAGGCAGAUCAUCCACUCCCUCGAUUUGCAGGCCUACAACACGUCCUACUGA